CCUAUAUGCAGUAGGAGAUGCUGAAAAUCUUAGCAAAGCCACUAUUUGCCGCACCAUCAGAAGUGUGUAUUUGGCAUUAAAAGGAUAUACGCACAUCUUCAUAACCUUCCCCGGCCACAGAAGAAUGAACUAUAUCAAGGAGGGAUUCUACAACAUUGCAGGUAACAUGAAUUAGGCUACACAUCACAAAAGAAACUUUAGAACAGGUGGAAUACUUUUCUUUCCUUUUUUGAUACAGGAUUCCCUAAUGUUAUUGGUGCGCUGGACUGCACACACAUUAGGAUAAAACGCCCCUCUGGUGCACAUGAAGGUGAUUUUGUUAACAGAAAAUCCUUUCAUAGUAUCAAUGUUCAGAUGAUCUGUGAUGCUGACUGCAUCUUCAGCAAUAUCGAGGCAAAGUGGCCUGGCUCAGUCCAUGACUCCCGAGUCUUUCGGGCCUCUGCAAUUAACCAGCGACUAUCACAAGGUGAAUUCUCUGGUGUGCUGCUGGGAGACAAGGGUUAUGCCUGUCAGACAUUUUUACUUACACCCUUUGCAGACCCCCAGACAGCAGCACAACGCACAUAUAAUCUUGGCCAUGCAAGAACAAGGGCCCGAAUAGAAAUGGCAUUUGGCCUUCUUAAGUCCCGUUUCCAGUGCCUUCACCACCUGAGGGUCACCCCAGACAGGGCCUGUGAUAUCAUUGUUGCAUGCGCUGUCCUUCACAACAUUGCCUGUCUCAGGAAGGAAAGGGCUCCUAGAGUGGCCUUGGAGAUGGACUGGGACAAUCCGGCAAUAUUUCCAGAUAAUGUCAAUGGCAGACUGAUCAGAGACCAAUACGUUGUUAACUAUUUCAGUUGA